AUGGCGUACCAGUGGCCGUCUGACUCGGGCUCGGACAGUGAGUCAAGUUACGACGACUCGUCGGCACCCGAGGCGCUGGAGACGGAGGAGCUGACGGCGGAGCAGGCGGCGCAGCUGGCGUUGGCGGCGGCGGUGUCGGAGGGCCAGACCGGGAAGGCACUGGCGGAUGCGGUGGAAGCGGUGCCGCAGCCGCCGGGCGUCAACUAUGCGAUUCUUCUUCCGCCGCUGCCCGAGGCCGACGAGUUGUAUGCGAGAGGUCACGCGGUGAUGGCGACGCCGCUGGGAGCGGCUGCGCGUGAGGCUGCGCUCGAGACGCUCGCAGCCCUGCUGGCGGCCGGCGCCGACGAUCUGGCGGUCGAUGGCGUGCGCCCGGCGCUUGUGUGGGCAGCGUGGGCCCGAUCCAAGCCCACUGUGGAAGCUCUGCUUGCGGCUGCUGGCGAUCGGUACCCGCGCGAGGUGCUGGGCGAGGCUGCGUGCGCGGCGGUGCGUGUGGCGGCGACCGAGGUGCUCGCGUUGCUUGCACAGCGGCUGGCGGCGACGGCCGGCCCGGCACUGGUGCCGUCCAAGGCGUGCGGGAUGUGCGACAGGGCAGCAGCUGAUGUUGUUGUCUUUGCGCUUCGCCGCGGUCAGAUCGAGGCUGCGCGCCAGGUGGUUGCUGCUGCGGCGCGGGCAGGACAUGGAGCGGCGGCGACGUCGCUCUACGAGCUGGCGCUCAUGGUGCCUGGCGGGUCCAAGGUGGCGGCAUCUGUGGUGACCAAGCUCUUUCUCUCGUACGGGGUGUAUGCGGCGGGAGUAUGCACGCGUGUGCAGGGCGACUCGCCGCUCAAUAUUGCCUUUCUUGCCAACGACGCGGCGCUGCUGACGGCGCUGCUCGACGCCGGCGCUGCGCCCGCCAUUGGGCUUGCGCUCCUCCCGUCCGACUUUCGGACGGCCGAGCAGCGCGACGAGGUCAUGGCGCUCAUCGAGAGCACGCCGCCCUCAACGCGCCAGGCGGUGCUUGGCGACCGGCUCGAAUACUCUGAGUUUAUGGUGGCUGCGGGCAACAUGUGCCAGGCGGCGGUCAACGCGCAGGCGAUCGGCUGGCGGCCCGAGACGCACUGCGCGUUUCCGCGGGCUGUCCGCGAGGCCAUUGCCACCGUGCUUGUUCUUGCGCGGGCGACCAAGGGUGCGGGCGGGCGGUUCGUGUACGUGUACAAGGACGCCGGCUUUGCGCAGCUCCCAACCGAGCUGCUGUUCACCAUCUUUAACUUUGUGGCGCACGAGUGGCCGCAGGGCUAGUUAGGCGACACCUACGAGUCGUCGUCGCUCGAGCCUGAGUCUGAGCCCGAGUCCGAGCCCGAGUAGGCCGAGGCGUGGCCGUUUUCGCUCGCGAGCAUGGCGUUCCAGGCGUCGUCUGGGUGAUCAAGCUCUGUUACGUGUGGCACAAUGAACCAUGUGGGAAG